AUGGCUUUUCUAAUAGGAGUGAUUCUAACAGCCUUUAUAGUGGCUUCAGUAAAUUUGGUUAGUGGACAAGUUAGUUCUUCUUGCACAAACUCUAUGAUCAGCAGUUUCACACCAUGCGCCAAUAUCAUCACAAGAAGCACUAAUAACAAUGGUUUAAUGCCACCAAGUACGUGUUGUGAUUCACUAAGGUCAUUGAUGAGCACUAGUAUGGAUUGUGCUUGCCUUCUAAUCUCUGCCAAUGCUCCAUUAUUCCAACUACCCAUUAGCCAAGUUCUUGCCCUCUCAUUUUCACAAGCAUGCAACAUUAAUGGACUUCCUUUGCAGUGCAAAGCUUCUCGUUCUCCUUUACCAGCUCCAGGCCCUGCAGCUCUUGGAUCAAACGGCCCAACUCCCCCUUCAAUUGCUGCAUCACCGUUAAGCCCACAAGAUUCAAAAAUGGUUGGCGAAGCAGAGAAAUAUGAGAAAGUGCAGCUAGCCACAGCAUCAUCUCCACUGGAAGCAGAAGCACCCAGCAGAACUAGAAUUCCACAAAUCAGACCAGUGUUGACUCCACGUCCUUCCUCGUCUCAUUCAUCUUUUGUCUCCCCUUCAUCACCUUUUGCAAUUCUCAUAGGAAUCAUGAUUUUAGGCCUCUAUUCGUGA